AAUAGCAGCUAUUCAGUUUACCAGCAGUGCACAGUAGAGUACACCAGGAGCAAUUAUAGUUUGAAUUCAAAAGUCAAAUCAAAGUGAACAUUAUAUUCUCUAAUCAUUUUAGUUUGUUUUAUCACAUUUUUAUCAGUUUUAUUAUCACAAAUUUAAAAUGAAGCCACAGUGUCAAGAUCUAAGGGUGAAGUUGAACCUAAUGAGACAACUUAAGUGUCAAAAACUGAAGAGUCAAGUGUUCAUUGUCUCUCUCCCAAGUACUUCAGUGGAACAAAUUAAACUGAAUCAACUAUAUGGGGUACCCAUACAAUGCAGAGACUUUAGCAAUAGUAAGGCAACAAGAGAAAAACCUCCGUUUCAUGGGAAGAAGCAAAAAGUGAGAUACAGUCACAAAAAAGAUCUGUUGAAAAAAUACCGGCAAACAAUGCAGGCUUCCAGAUGCAGUGACUUGAAAGUGAGACCUAAUCACUCAAGAAAAGACGGUUUCAUCUUGGAACACGACAAUUCCUGGCCGAUCUUCGUAGAGGAAGAGGGAGUCAUGUCCCUCAGGGAGCUCUGCGUUUUAGCUGCUCAAAGAAACUUUCGACAACUGCAAGCAGAGAUUAAGGAACUACCCUUCGAACUCCAAUGGGAUAUCUACCAAAAUUUUUAGUAAUUUAGUCUACCAGAAUCUUAAAAUUCAGGAAUGGUCUCUAGUCUCUAUUGGAAAAUAAUCUCUUCAUCAAAAUUCGACCACAAGCAUCGAUACACCAACUGCAACUUAAUCUACUGACCUCUGCCCUUCUGACUAGUCAAUUAAAAAAAUUUUUAUCCAAGUAUGAAAGUUUACGGAUUUAGUAUAUCGAUUCCUUCCUCCUUAAAGUUACUCUUUAUCGUUGGAUGUAAAUUUGUUUUCCUAUUUGUUGGUUUAUUGAAAUUUUUUAAAACUUUUAAUGUGUUGGCUUUGGAAUAGUUAGGGCUUACUUUUGCUGUCAUUUAAUAUAAAGCACCAAAUUUAAACUGUU